GAUUUAGAUGUAGAUGAACUUUUGGAAAUGGAAGAUCCAAUAUUCGCUUUAACUGCACAUUGUAGCGGUCCAUCAUCUUCAAUUAACCCUCUUGCAGCUGAUUUACUGAUUGAAGCAGUGAGAGCCCAGGAAGAGUUUAAUUCUCAAAGGAAGAGUACAGUCCCUCCCUUAAUGCGAGAGCUACAAUUGGAUGACACUGCACUGGAAAAUUCUGAGGAUGAGCAACAGAGAGAGGUCACCACUUUGUUGCAAGAACCUGUUGAAAAUAUUAAUUUUGACGAUGAGCAAGAGGGAGAAGAUGACACUUUUUUGCAAGAACCUACACUGCGAACACCAACCCGUCCUGUCAGAAAGAGAAAUUGUCUUCCAAAGGUUGCAAAGAGGAAACGCCUCAGAGAUCCUAGCAAAUGGCUCGAUACCAUAAGGAAAGAAGCCAAAAAUGCCGGACAGGGCUAUAAAUCAAAAAGAGGUAAACUUGUUGAACCUGUGCAAAUGAAAAAUCCAUGUGCUUGUCCAAAAAUGUGCAUUAGGAAAAUUUCAGAUGAACAGAGGUCAAAGAUAUUUGCUGAAUACUAUAGCACUAAUUCACAACGAGAUAAAUGGGAUUUCAUUACAAGACAUACGGAAUCAAAACCAGUAGUCAGGCGAACAACUGAGGGUGAUGCAUCAAGACGGAACACAAGUAGAAAAUAUUUUUUUUUUUAUUGGACCCAAAGGUGAUGAAGAGAAAGUGUAUGUGUGCAAGACAAUGUUUAUUAAUACCCUUUCAGUUAGUCAUGGUGUGAUAGAUAGUGCUUACAAACAUCUUAAUCAAGGUGAAACAAGACUUGUUUCCCCAGACAAGAGGGGAAGACAUGGAAAUAAACCCAAAAGAACAUCAGAGGCGCAGAAGGCAUCUGUAAGAGAGCACAUUAAUUUGUAUCCAAGAGUCCCAUCCCAUUACUGCAGAGCUCGAAGUCAAAGGGAAUAUCUUGAGUGGGGUUUGAGUUUGACAAAAAUGAGUAAGCAUUAUCUAGAUUGGUGCAAAGACACACAUGUCCCAGCUACUGCUAUUGCAUCAAAAAGGCAGUAUAUUACAAUUUUAUGUAAAGAGUUCAACAUAUCUUUCUUCAAGCCGAAGAAAGAUCAAUGUGCAUUGUGUCGUUUAAUCAAGACUUGUAACAGAGAAGAAAGAGAAAACUACAAGGAGAAGUACGUCAAACAUUUGAACAACAAAAAACUUGCACGUAAAGAAUUGAAAGAAGCCAAGGAGGCUGGAAUCAAUGACACAACUAUUAAAGUGUGUGCAUUUGACUUACAGAAAGUCCUACCGCUUCCUAAGUCUGAAGUGUCUGUUUUCUUUUACAAGAACAAAUUGUCUCUGUUCAAUUUGUCAGUUUUUGACUUAGUACGGAAAGAGGGAGUGUGUCAUCUGUGGCAUGAGGCUGUAGCCAAAAGAGGUGCCAAUGAAAUUGGUAGUUGUGUACUUAAUUAUGUGAAAACAAGUGUUGCAAAGCAGGGAUGCAAAACUGUUUACUCAUUUUCUGACAGCUGUGCCGGGCAAAAUAAAAACAGAUUUUUUUUUUUGCAUGAUGAUGAUUGCAGCUGCUAA